AUGUUUCUUAUUUGGUCGCAUGACCGAGGUUUUGAAAGAGCAUGCACCGAUUUUGACGUCGACGUUGGCAGGUUUUUCCAGCAGCAAUGGGCGCUCGUCGCGGCAGCGAGGGAUCUAGUACCAUUUAUCGCAAGUAUGCUGAUGUUCCAUAAGAAUCAGCAGGCAAAUUUAUUGCAGACAUUUUUAGGGCUUUUCUUCCGUGGAAAUGGGUGCAGUAAGAGGACUAUCAGGAUGCUCUCAUCCGCUUGCGUGUGCGUCUCUUAUGAUACAACGUCAAACAUGCUCAAGUAUUUGACCAAAGUUGCCUUGGAGACCGUUCGUGAACAAGUUCUCAAUAAUCCAUGGAUGUUGGUAUACGACAAUAUCAAUAUCGCAAACCGGAAAGAGGAUCAACGAAAGGACAAUCAAGACACAUUCGAGAGCGGUAUGACAGCGACAAUCAUCAUAGAUGAGCAGCUUGAUGAGCUUUCCUCGACGAUAUAUGAUAACACUCCCCUUAAACUGCAUGAGCUGAUACCGGAUAACAAUCAUCUGAAAGCCAUGCAUCAUUUUCAUAUCUCUGAGGUCUUGCAGCGCUAUUCGGACAAGUUUCGCCAGCAAGCAGUUCAUAUGAACAAAAUCGACGUCCUCGAAGUAAGGCCAUCAGUAACGUUUCCAUUACCAACGAUGAACAUAGAUCAAUCCUCGACCGCGGGGAACAUCGAGAUUGUAGAGACGGUUUGUGUGAAGAUGCUUAAACUGGAAAGGAGCUGGUUUGAGGGUAAGUUGGUCAUCGUCGGAGGCGACCAGCGUACUAUCUCUCGUAUAAACUCCGCUCAAGAGUGGCGCAUGACGGAUAUCACCAGGUUCGAUCGUUUGGAGUGGGCACUUCCAGCGAUGCAACUAUUCCAUCUUCAGAUGAAUCUUGCAUCCACCAUAUUUAAGGCACAUUAUGGAUCUCAGUCUACCGAAGGUUCGUUGGCGCAUUUUGUGGCUUGUUUAGAUCGAAGACGCUUGGCGUUUCAAUCACAAGAUUAUCGCACCCUGGAUGAGUUCCUUCGGAUUGUUUUUGAUGCAAUGGUCAGAACGCUUUGGAUGCGGCAUUUGAAUGCCGAAGAUCUGUCUGAUGAAAAUCUUUGGGUUGGGGCAAGAAAUGUGUUCCAAUUCAUUAGGGAUAUGGUAUUUUACCUUGAGUUAUGUGCGGCUAUUAAGGAAGGAGACAUUGGACGUAUCGAGCGAAACUAUGGAAAAGAGCUCUUGAAACUGACAUAUGGGAUUCGACGGCUUUGGGCACCUAAGGUCAAAAGAGCCGUUAUGCGUUCGUGGUUAGUUAACACCUCUGGUAGAAAUGAUGGAUGGAUUCCAACAGACAUGUUUCAGGAACAUACAAACCGUCUAAUCAAAUCUGUUCAUGCAGCUACAGGUAGUAAUAUGAGCUGGAAUUACCUUGCGAAAUCAAUUUCAAUGAAUGCGCAUUUGUUCGCGGAGGUCGACACGAGGAUCGAUUCUGAAUUUGACCUAUCCUUCGACAGCUAUUUUCAUUCUGAGGUAUCCAAGGAAAGCGAUAUAGUUCUUGUCAUAAAUGAAAUACGGCGUUUAGGCAUUCUCGAGCACCAGUCACCUCAAGGCAUCAUUUCAGGUAUACAACCUGUCAGAAACCUCUUUAUAGAAGGAAUGUUAAAAUUGAUCUCAGGAGGUGCCAACCGUCUCAAUGACGAGGGUGCAGAUGACGAGAACGUAGAGGAUGAGAGUCUAUAG